AUGAAGCAAGGUCUCCUUCCCAGCUUAGAAGAUCUACUUUUCUAUACUAUUGCAGAAGGACAAGAAAAAAUACCAGUUCAUAAAUUCAUAACUGCACUCAAAUCUACAGGAUUGCGUACAUCUGAUCCUCGAUUGAAAGAGUGCAUGGACAUGUUAAGGCUGACCCUGCAGACAACUUCGGAUGGUGUUAUGCUGGACAAAGACCUUUUUAAAAAGUGUGUACAAAGUAAUAUUGUGUUGCUUACUCAAGCUUUCAGGAGGAAGUUUGUCAUUCCAGAUUUUAUGUCGUUUACUUCGCAUAUUGAUGAGUUAUACGAAAGUGCUAAAAAACAAUCUGGAGGAAAGGUUGCUGACUAUAUUCCUCAACUGGCCAAGUUCAGCCCUGAUUUGUGGGGUGUGUCACUUUGCACAGUGGAUGGACAGAGGCAUUCUGUUGGCGACACCAAAGUUCCGUUUUGUCUUCAGUCCUGUGUAAAGCCUUUGAAAUACGCUAUUGCUGUUAAUGAUCUUGGCACAGAGUACGUGCACAGAUAUGUGGGUAAAGAGCCUAGUGGAUUAAGAUUCAACAAAUUGUUCCUGAAUGAAGAUGACAGGCCUCAUAACCCUAUGGUGAAUGCUGGAGCAAUUGUGAUCACGUCUUUAAUCAAGCAAGGAGCAAAUAAUGCAGAAAAAUUUGACUACGUGAUGCAGUUCAUGAAUAAAAUGGCUGGUAAUGAGUAUGUUGGAUUCAGUAACGCUACGUUCCAGUCUGAAAGAGAGAGUGGCGAUAGAAACUUUGCAAUCGGCUAUUACUUGAAAGAAAAAAAGUGCUUUCCUGAAGGCACGGAUAUGGUUGCAAUACUAGACUUCUAUUUUCAGCUUUGCUCAAUAGAAGUAACGUGUGAAUCGGCAAGCGUGAUGGCAGCAACUCUGGCUAAUGGUGGCUUUUGCCCAAAAAAAAGAGUACUGAGUCCUGAAGCAGUCCGGAAUACCUUGAGUUUAAUGCAUUCUUGUGGCAUGUAUGACUUCUCAGGGCAGUUUGCCUUCCAUGUUGGUCUUCCUGCAAAAUCUGGAGUUGCUGGUGGGAUUCUUCUGGUUGUUCCUAAUGUCAUGGGCUUGAUGUGCUGGUCGCCUGCUUUGGACAAGAUGGGCAACAGUGUUAAAGGAAUUCACUUUUGUCAUGAUCUGGUUUCUUUGUGCAAUUUCCAUAACUACGAUAAUUUGAGACACUUUGCAAAAAAGCUUGAUCCUCGCAGAGAAGGUGGUGAUCAGCGGGUGAAAUCUGUGAUAAAUCUACUGUUUGCUGCCUACACGGGGGAUGUGUCUGCACUCCGGAGAUUUGCUCUGUCAGGAAUGGAUAUGGAACAAAGAGACUACGACUCACGAACAGCUCUGCAUGUAGCAGCUGCAGAAGGACAUGUGGACGUUGUUAAAUUUCUACUGGAAGCCUGCAAAGUGAAUCCUUUCCCCAAAGACAGGUGGAAUAACACUCCCAUGGAUGAAGCUUUACAUUUUGGACACCAUGAUGUAUUUAAAAUUCUUCAGGAAUAUCAGGUCCAGUACACGCCAUCAGAGGAUUCCAACAACGGAAAGGAGAACCGAACGGUUCAUAAAAAUCUAGAUGGCUUAUUAUAAUCGUCUUCAGCUAGAUCCUAAGAAUCAAAUCACUUACCUAUUUAAUUGUGAUAUGCAUAAGUAAUGAAGAGCGUGUGUGUUUCUAUCUGAUAGUGGUAUAUAUUUUACAGAAGUCUCUGUUACUUCAGUGUUAUGUUACAGGAGUUUCUAUACGCACAGGACAAAUCCAAUCUCUCUC